UGCCUUCAUGUGGCAAACCAUACAGACACUCAUCAAUUAUUGGUUAAUAUAUUAAUCAAUGUAACCGAAACUGUUCCCUCCCGUUUCAACAAUGCGAGCACGUGCGCCUAAUUCGAUAGUCUACGCAUAAAUUACAGCUCUACGCAAAUGCAGUAUGCCAUUGCGUUUACGCAAAUUUUGCACCGUCAUAAUAAUGACUAUAUCCGAGGAGCGGCUGUUGAAACGAAGCCAAGCCCUUCCGAUACCUUCUGAUGACUAUAAAGCGAUCGACACAACUGCAGUGAAGCUCAAUUUCACUACUCACCACGAAGCUGGAGGGUAAAUUCACUUCCUUCUUUGAAAAAUGGCUAUCAAAAGGUGCAUCUUGCUGUAUGUGCUUAUCAUUUGUGGUACCUUUGAACUUUCUCAUGGAUUGCGUGUCAACAUGACCAUGUUUUCCAACUGCCAAGACGUGAAGCUUGCCUACAACGAAAUGCCCAUCUCGCUGGAAACGGUACGCUUUGAUCGCGAUUCCGAGGGCGUUUGCGACACGCUGCACGCGGAGUACGAGGUGCGGGAAUCGUCCGACGACGUCGAGUGGGAACUGAUCAUCACGACCUACCAGUGUGAACAGCAGACGGCGAAAAUUUGUCUCGACAAUCCGAAGGAGUACAUUGAGCCGAUGCACUGCGAUCGGUUCCAUUCCGACAACAGUGGGCCCUGGUUCUUCAUUGCCAGCUCAAUGACCAACGGUGAUCGGUGUGGCCGCAUGACGGGUCGUUACAAUCUCGAUGCUGCGGUGCUGAAGAUCAAGUACCUGGAGCAGUACAUCGCGAUGGGCAAGGGCACGUAUCGCGUACGGAUGCUGUUCCACAUCCCUGGCACCAAUCUGGACACGCUGAACGUGCGCGGCUGCUGCGAGAUGGACUUUGACGUGAUCGAUUGAACGUGCGAUCGUGGUCGAGUUGCUUUAACGCGUAAAUGCUGAAACUGUACAAACUAUCCACAUUAAAUAAGCCACAUCUUGCUAAGCGAGACGGGGAAAUGGGGUUGCAAAAACGCCGAUUGUUAUUCUUCCACCUGGUUCA